AUGAAAUCUUCCAGCAGUUCAGUAACAAAAUCACACCUUUUCUUCGCCUUAAGGAUAGGAACCAUACUGGCAGUGUCGAUUACUAUCUACGUUUCUUACAUUUUCACCACUCACUCAAAAGGUUUUUUCCAUAUAACUCGCAUUAGCAUGGGACAACAAAACAUGACUGAAGAUACCAGCGAAAACGAAACAUCCACUUUUAUAACGACAAUACCAGAAGAACUUCCUCAUCGUACAUAUUUGAUAUCUCGCACACGCUGCAAAGGAAAAGUGUUUCUUUUGAUUUUGGUGUUUUCAGCGCCCGCUAACUUUGACAAAAGAACAAUUAUUCGGAAAACCUGGGCAACUGAUCCAUCACUCAAAAUACGAUGGAGGAGCGUCUUUCCUCUCGGUCAAGCUGCGGGCGACAAUAUUCUAAAUAAAAAACUUGAAGCCGAGGGAAUGAUGUACGGGGAUCUUAUUCGAGGAUCUUAUAACGAGCAUUAUCAGAAUCUCACUUUCAAGACACAAAUGGGGUUAGAAUGGGCUGCAAAAUACUGCGCCGAUUUUCAAUUUCUCCUCAAGGCAGAUGACGACGUCUUUAUCAAUCCUUAUGCUCUGAUAGAUCACCUAAGAAUACCCGAUACACCGAAAACGAAUCUCUACACUGGAAGUUGUCGUUUUGGCUCUGGGGUAUUUCGCGCUGGAAAGAAUGGAGUCACUUGGGAAGAGUACAACAAGACCAGAUAUCCUCCAUUCUGCAGUGGACCGGCGUAUGUGUUAUCUUCAGAUGUGGUUUAUAAGUUGGUGGAAAUGUUCGAUGUAAAAAAGCCUUUUAAAAACGAAGAUGUCUAUAUAGGAAUGUUGGUGGAGAAAAUAGGGGGAGUACGAGUCAUGGUUCAUCGAGGGUUUCGUUACGGGCAAUGCAAGCACAUUCCAGGUACCUUUUCCCUUCAUAGAGCACCAACAAUAGAGUGCGUCGAGGAACUGUUUCAAGAAGCAAUGUCAGAAAGAAAGGAAUACGAACUAGCACAACUACGGAGUGCAAGAAUACUAUCCUAUAAUGUUACUAACACUAGCCAAGUGCAUGAACAUAAUCAAAUUUCUUAA